GGGAGGGGAAACGCGGCAGCCCCGCGGGAGGGCCGCGAGCCGCGGGAGCCGAGCAUGGAGGCCGAGGCCGCUCGCGCAGCCGCAGCAGGCAUUUAUCCAGUGGAUAUUUUGGAAGAUGACCCCGAAAGGCAUUGGGAAGCAGCCCUGGCUUACUAUACCACACUUAGGGAAGGAAUGCGGCCCCCAGUAGAGUUUUUCUCUCUUCCCACGGGGGAGCAGGUUAAACUUGAAGCUACAUCUGUUUGCUUUUGCACGGUGCACCGUGAUGAACCUCAACAUAAAAUAUUAGUCUUGGUUAAUCCUCAGGACACAAAGACAGUGGUGUGGCCCGUGGCCCAGCAGCAAGACAUCACCAAGAAGCUUGUUAGAAAUGCAGAAGUUUGGGCCCCACUCAGGCCUGCUGAGUCAGAAUCUGUAACAAGAUCCCCAGUGGUGGCUGUUUACAUAAAGGAGUUCUGGUGGCCCACCGAAGAUGUGCUAAGAACCUCUGAUCCUGCAAGAGAAGGUCUGAUGAAGGUUCAGUCAUUUGGGGAAAGGAUUGUGCUUUUCAUUCUGAACGUCGUUAUUUUUGGAAGAUUGGAGAGAAAUUUGGAUGACGGUGACAUGUUUUUUUUACCUCACUCUGUGAAGGAGCAAGCAAAAAUUCUGUGGCAGGAUGGAGCAGCCGUUGGAUUUUACACAACCAAAAGGAAAGGCAGCCUGUGUGGUGAUGGCACGGGUGCAUGCUACCUGCUGCCGGUCUUCGACACUGUGUUUGUCAGGAGGACUUACCGUCGCCAAGGCCUGGGCAUGGCCAUGCUGCAGGACUUUUGUGAGACAUUCCAAGAGGACGAGGCCCUGGGUGUCAGUUGGCCAAUUUCUCCUGCCAUGUACCAAGUCUGCAGGAAGUUCCUGGAGGCCCAUCCGGAGGAGCGGGGGCGCCUGUGGGAGGUGGAGCCCCCGGGAGCCUGGGGCCAGCGAGGCAGCAUCUGGCUGAAGGUUCGGCGGCAGCAGGCCCAGCUUCCAGACUCUCACCCAGGAAAUUCCAAGGAGGACAUGAGCCAUCAUGGGCGGACUUCUCCAGAUGAUGGGCCCAGACCAUCUCAAGAUGACAAGAAGGAGAGAACCAGCGGAGAACCGGAACAGACAAAGAGUGAUCAAGACUGCGGAGUGAAAGAAGCAGCCGUGGGGCGGCUUAGACCAGCCCGCUGGGCCGAGCCAGAGGAGAAAGAGGCCAAGAGGACUGUGAUGGAUGUGGGGCUAGCCUGGGAGUCCCAGCAGAAGCACAUGCGGCCCAGCUCUUAACUCGAAGAGGGCAGCCUGAGUCUUGGGGAGUGGCCUCUCUGGGCCCCAGGGGAUAUGAGUGUGAGGGCUGCCUCUGUCACUCCGUGGGUGGCCAGGAGCCAGCCUCUGCCUUGCCCUUUGAGGAGAAAAGCUAGGGCAUAGACCCUGCCUACCUCAGGCUUUUUGGGGGGCCCGGGUGAGAGGAAGCCUGGGAGAGUGCUUCAGUCUUCAAGCACAGAGAUCUCAACAGGUACAGACAGUUCUUUUCCCGAGCUUUGAUUUCAGAAGUGCGUUUGUUAAACCUGAUAGGUUUCUGUGAUUCAGGAUGAAUUUGUAAAGAUGGUACUGGAACCGCUUGAACCUUCUUUCACACAAGGAAACUCUGAAAAGGGCCAUGCCCCUUCAGGUCUGCACUGCAGCAAUCUGUCUCAGGUCUGCCCAUGCCAGCUCAGAUGUCAUCAUGAGACCAUAGACACCAGAAGGGUUUCUGGGGAGAAGAAUCUUUUCCAGAGAAGCUUUUGCCAUAUCGGGAGCUCCCUGAGGGCAGUGGCUGGGACUGCCUGCUGAUGUACACCCUCACUCACAUCUGGCCUGGUAUACAGGAGGCACUCAGAGUGGGUUCCGGGGGACAUCAGGAUCAUAGCCAUAACCCCAUUCAGAGGGGAAGCCACUGGAGGGAACUUUGUGCUGAUGGCUCUUCCAGCAUAUUGAUGCCUCUAGGGAAAAGGCUUGUACUGGUAAAAGUGACUGUAGAGCUAAUGGCCUGCCUGCACCUAGCGAGACAGUGGCCUCCUCAGCUAUCUACACCACCCUGCUCGCGGCACAUACUUGGCCACCGUUGGGGAUUCUGAGCUGAGCCAAGGACCCAGUCUGGAAGACCCCGUGAGGGCAGGCAAGCAGGCUUCACAGGGUAAGGCACAGUCUGGGCUGCUUCAUGAGGCCCCAGAGCCUGCUCCCUGGAAGCUGUGGUAGGGCUUUCUCUGCAGCUGGCCUAGUCUCACCAGUGUUCAGUAGGAUUCCAACCAAUGAAAGCUGCCUGGGUCCUCUUGGGGCAGGCAGCCCAGUCCCAGCCCCUACUUGUGGGUGAAUGCAAAUUUGACCUUAUCCCUGAGGACACUCCUCGAUGGCUUUAUCACUGUCUCUGGGGCUACCUAGGGCCCUGAAGACUCAGUUCCCAUCUCUGGGCGCCUUCCUUGCUUUCUGUAUCCCAGCUGCCUGGGCUUCCCUUUCCUCAGACACACCUGUGCUCUUGCUCCAGGGUCAGCACUCACCCGCUCACUCUGCCUGGGGCACAUGCCUGUCCUUCUCUCCCUCUGUCCUUCUGUCUCUCUCUCUCUCUGUGUCCUCCUCCUUCUCUCUCUCUCUCUCUUUCUUCCUGCCAUCUCUCCCCCAUCCCAGCUGUGGUUGUGUGUGCCUGUGCACACACAGACACACAACUUGUCAGCCUGAUUCCUACUGAGGCAUCUAAUCUCAGCUUCAGUGUCCCUUCCUGACCACCUACCUCCUCCUCCCCUUCCUACAUGGCCUCAAGACCCUGGGCACUUGGCUGUGACUCCCAUGAGCCACCAGCAGGACCAGCCCUGGGUCUGCUCAUUUGCUUCUUGUUUCCUCAGUGCCAGUGUAGACCUGGUCUUCAGUAACUGUGUGGGGAAUGAGUGGUAGCAGAUCUCCUCUUCUGCUCCUCUGUUAAAUGCUGGAGAUGGAUGGAAUAACAGUUUCAGCUUUUUAGGGGUGCCGUAAAGCUCAUCCUGGAGCCUGGGGAUGGGGAGGAGACCACCAGCCCCAUGUGCUGGCAAGAUACUCACUGCUGCUCCCCUAGUGGUCAGAGGACACGUGUGAUGGGACCUCUGUUACUUAUUUACUCAUCCAUCUGUCCACCCACGCAUCUGUCCAUCUGUUCAUCCUUCCAUUCAUUUAUCCAUAUACUCAUCUGCCUGUCUGUCCAUCCUUCUGACAUCCAUCCAUCCAUCCAUCCAUCUGUCCAUCCACCCACCUGUCUGUACAUCCAUCUGCCCACAUCUGCCCACAUCUGCCCAUUUGUUUAUUUCUCCAUCUCUCCACCAACCCAUCCAUCCAUCCAUCCAUCCAUCCAUCCAUCCAUCCAUCCAUCCCCCACCCUGUUGUACAACAAAUAUUUAGCAUGCUUGCUUGGGACUGGGCUCUGUGCUGGGUACUGGCAAUGUACAGAUAAGUGAAAUGUGUUUACUGGACUCAGACUCUUCUCUCUGGAAGAGUCUCUUCUAGAGUGUUCCCCUGGAGUUGUUGUCUUACACCCAUUAGAAAGAGGGAAAAGUCCAAUGGAAGGAAAUAGAGCUUAGAGCUCCAUAUGAAGACCAUGAAAUCUCUCAGUGCCUUUGGGCCCCUUGUGAAGGAGGGACAAACCAUAAAAGUAGACUCAUCAGUGGCAUCUGCAGUCAAGGGGUGCUCCACGUGUAAUGCUCUUCAUUGUGUGACAAAAUGGAUGCUGUGAACUUGGCAUUGUUCAGGACGAAUGGCUAGUACUUUGUGUUUACCUGGAAAUGAACUGAUGAAAAUAUCUCAGGGGUUUCAUGAAGUUACUGUUCAAUAAAAGCAUCCUCCCAAGGGAGAAGAACUGA